CGUAGCAGGAGGUGUAGAUCGGUGGGCGGAGCUUUGACCAACUGCUGGGAGCUCGGAGCCACUGACACUGAUGGUCAUUUCAUACAGGGAAACAGGACUGCGGAAAGGUUGGCACUGUUUAUCAUGGAUUCAAACAUGAAGGAGCUCAUGCAGAGGCUGACCGACGCCGGCCAGUCGCACCUCCUUCAGUUCUGCAACGAGCUGAGCGCCGGAGAGCGAGCCGAGCUGACCCAGGACCUGCAGGACAUGGACUUUCAGGAGAUCACUCAGUUCUUCCGAAACGCCACGGAGACGUCCAGCAGCAGCCGGCACGAGAAGAUGGAUGCCCGCAUGGAGCCGGUGCCCAGGGAGGUGCUGGGGAGUGUGACCAGGGACAGGGACCACCUCAAAGACUGGGAGGCUCUAGGUCUUCAGUGUAUUGCCCAGAAUAAAGUGGCCGCUUUGCUCCUGGCUGGUGGGCAGGGAACCAGGCUGGGGGUUUCUUACCCCAAAGGCAUGUAUGACGUCGGGCUGCCAUCCCACAAAACCCUCUUUCAGAUCCAGGCCGAGCGCAUCUUGAAGCUGCAGCAGCUGGCCGAGCAGAGGCACAACAUCAAGUGCUGUAUUCCCUGGUACAUCAUGACCAGUGGCAGGACAAUGGAAAUGACCAAAGAUUUCUUCUCGCGCCAUAACUACUUUGGGCUGGAGAAGACCGACGUCAUAUUCUUCCAGCAGGGCAUGCUACCCGCAAUGGAUUACAAAGGCAAGAUCAUCCUGGAGAGCAAAGGGAAGCUCUCCAUGGCUCCAGAUGGAAACGGCGGUCUGUACAGAGCUCUUGGGAACCAGGGCAUUCUGAACGACAUGCAGCAGAGAGGGAUCCAGUUCAUCCACGUGUACUGUGUUGACAACAUCCUGGUCAAAGUGGCCGACCCCGCCUUUGUGGGUUUCUGUGUGCAGAAGGGAGCUGACUGCGGAGCCAAGGUGGUGGAGAAAACGAACCCCACAGAGGCUGUGGGCGUGGUCUGUAAGGUGGACGGGCUUUAUCAGGUGGUGGAGUACAGUGAGAUCACCUUGGCGACUGCGGAGAAGCGCGGUGCGGACGGACGUCUGAUGUUCAAUGCAGGAAAUGUGGCCAAUCACUUCUUCAGCUUCCCGUUCCUCAGAGAUGUCGUACAGAAACAUGAGCCACAGCUGCAGCACCACGUGGCCCAGAAGAAGAUCCCGUAUGUGGAUGCCCAGGGUCAAUUAAUCAAGCCCGACAAACCCAAUGGGAUUAAGAUGGAAAAGUUCGUCUUUGACAUCUUCCAAUUUGCAAAGACCUUUGUCGUGUACGAAGUGCUCCGGGAGGACGAGUUCUCCCCGCUGAAGAAUGCCGACACUCAGGAGGGAAAAGACACGCCCACCACAGCCAGACACGCCCUCAUGUCCCUCCACCACCGCUGGGUGCUCAACGCUGGGGGCCACUUCAUCGACGAGAACGGCAGACGAGUACCUGCCAUACCCAGCGCUGGAGCAGCGGGCAGUGUCACAGAUGAUGGAAACGGAAAUCUGAAAGAUGGAACAGACCUGCCAAUUAAAUGUGAGAUUUCUCCGCUGGUGUCCUAUGGAGGAGAGGGCCUCGAGGAUUUGGUAAGAGGGCGAGAGUUUCACCCGGCCCUCAUGCUCGACGAGAACGGAGUCCAUGAGCUGGUGAAGAAUGGAGUCUAAGCAGAGAGAUGGAAAAGAACGGGAGCAUUUGAGAGCACCAUUCCUUUUAUUUUUGGGAGAAACUGUGAUGCCAUGCUGUGCAAUAACAAGUGUUUGUGGAAGAAGCUGUCCCAUCCAACACGAAUGAACGACGGGCAAGAUGAAGUGUGUCGUUUUACCCUUUAACACCAACUUUUCUUUGGUUUGUUUGUUGAUGUUUUGAAGAGCACUUGAACGCAGCAUGAAGUUAGGAAUCCUUUCAUACUGACACCAUGAAGCAAUCUGCAAGUCUUAUUUAUUUUACUUUUGAGACUUUUUUUUAUAUGUGAAUGUGGAUGCUCAAAGGGUGGGGACACAGCAUCCACCUGUUUUGCCUGUUUUUUUUUUUUUAAUAUAAUGAUUGACUGAGCUGAAUCAAUCCGAGUGAUCUUUUGUACUAUUAAUCUGAAGACACAAAUGGUUCUGUGGGGGGUAUUUAUAAAAUCUGCUUCUUCCAUGCUGGAAAUCAUUGAAGUGACCGAAAGUAAUGCUAUGGGUUCUGUCAUCUUUAUUAAAAGAGAUUUCUUUUUGGAAA